UAGGGGGCAUGCCACAAAGGCCAACUGGUGGUUGGUGACGGCGAUGCGGUCACUGGCGACAAAGACGUGCGCAUUGUCAGUGGUCUGAGUUUGCUCCCUGCAACAAAGAAAGCGAUUUCUGCAGGAGACAAGUGCCAACUUGAUUGCGCACCAUGAAAGCGCUUUCAAGAACCGACCUCUUCCUUUUUUUUUACAGGUUGAAGCAAGACGUUGAGGGCACUCACUGCCUGAACAGGCUGCGGACGGCAAAUGGACGCAUAUGCUUAAUCCUGGGCCCGCGCACGUGAUGGCCCAUACUGAGCGAGAAUUGUCCACGAAGCGCAAAAUGAUUGGCUUACACGACCGCGGCCUUUCAACAUCGGGUUGACAACACAGCAAAAAAAAGCAUCAAAGGAACAGCGUCAACGCUUGGACGUCGUUGGAAAAACACGCUCAGCACAUUAUUUCUCUUGUUUUCUUUUUCUUGAAGCUUGAUUGUCAUUUAGCUAUCAUGCGAUAGGCUGUUGGAUUCCACCCCCUGAACAACUAACUCGUAACAUCACCGAGUCGCAACAUGGCGAGCUACAAGCAGCGCAAAGAGGACUUUGUGUCCAAUCUGACGGGCGGCUCCGUCUCUGAAAUCAGCUUCGUCACAGCCGUAGCACCCGCGGCCAUGCUGCUGUGGUCUGUUCUUCAGGCGCGGCAGUCCUUCUUCAGGCCCUACUCGGCCCUCGGCUUUGUCGUCGACUUCUCCCUCACUGUAGGCACUUUUUUGUUGGGCAUCACUCUCUACGCGGACUCAGCCGCGUUGCUGAAUCUGCUUCUGCUUGCGCCGGCUCUGUUGAUCUGGUUCCUGCCCUCCACCGCCGGAGGCCCAAAGAGAAAGCCCAAGCUUCCCCCAAAUGCCCAGUCCAAAGCCACCUCAGAGCCUCGUCCCGUGCUGAGCAUCAAGCCUUUUCUCACGACGUAUCGCGGAUACAUGAUGAUGACCACCUGCGUUGCCAUCCUGGCGGUGGAUUUCCGCCUCUUCCCGCGGCGAUUCGCCAAGGUCGAGACCUGGGGCACGUCCCUGAUGGACAUGGGCGUUGGCUCUUUUGUCUUCUCCGCCGGCAUUGUGGCAGCUCGUCCUGUCCUCAAAGAAAGAGCCACGGGCCGUCAGACUUCACUGGCUGUCCGGUUGCUGCAAUCAUUCCGCCAUUCCAUCCCGCUGCUGGUGCUGGGUUUCAUCCGCCUUUUGAGUGUCAAAGGACUCGAGUAUGCUGAACACGUGUCAGAGUACGGGGUUCAUUGGAAUUUUUUCUUCACUCUGGGCCUCCUUCCUCCCUUUGUGGCAAUCUUCCAGACCAUCUUCGAUGUCAUUCCGUCGCAUGCAGCAUUGGCUCUGCUCCUCGUGGGCACAUACCAGGUCGUCCUUGAAAGCACGGAUCUCAAAGCAUUUGUUCUCACCGCCCCUAGGGUAGACCUCCUCUCCAUGAACAGAGAGGGUGUCUUUAGCUUCAUAGGCUAUCUCUCCAUCUUCCUGGCUGGACAGGACCUCGGCAAAUUCGUUAUACCUCGGAGCAUCACAUCAAGCAGCAAUUCACCAGCGGGCAUGCAAAGAAACACUCUACUCAUGACGGUUGCUGUUUGGGCCGGCAUCUGGACCGUGCUGUACACCGUUACUACUAGCUACAACUUUGGGUUUGGGUUGACGGUCUCGCGCCGCUUGGCCAACUUACCCUAUGUCCUCUGGGUGGCGGCUUUCAACUCGUGGCAGAUUCUAGCUUUCUGCAUCAUCGAUACCAUUUUCUUCCCUGCCUUUUACAACGCAGCGGAUGCCCGCUCUGAAAAGGAAGCCUACCAAGUGGCCACGAGCUAUGUUUUGAAAGCGUAUAAUCGCAAUGGCCUGGCAGUGUUUCUCAUUGCUAAUCUGCUGACUGGACUUGUUAACAUGACUAUUCCAACUCUGGACGCCACUCCGGUUCAGGCCAUGGGCAUUCUCAUAGCCUACACGGCGACUGUUACGGGGGUUGCGGUUCUGCUUGAUAUAUACGAUAUAUCCAUCAAACUGUAA